AUGUCGGAGGUUGUAAUCGACGCGGGAGCUUUCCACAAGAGAUUGUCCAUCAUCCAGAAAAACUUGGUGGCCGCCUCUACAGACUUUCCCUGCCUCUUGUUUUUGGUUGGUGCCAGAGAUGACGAAUCCACUUAUAAAAAGUCCACCGUGUUGCAGCUCUGGCUUCUUGGCUACGAGUUUGCCCACACCGCCAUCUUCAUCAACCAGGACAAAUGUAUCAUCAUCACGUCUGAGGGUAAAGCCAAGCACUUGAAACACUUGGGGUCGCAGCCCACUGCCAACUCGUCCAAGUUGGAGGUAUGGACCAGAACCAAGGAUCAGGAACACAACAAGAAGUUGUUUUCUAACUUGGUUGAAGAGAUCAAGACAUCUGCCACCGACAAAAAAGUCGGCACCAUUGUCAAGGAUACUUUCAAGGGCAAGUUCAUUGAUGAAUGGAAGGAGAUCAGUGCUCCAGCAGGGUUUGAGUACAGCGACGCCGCCGUCUUGCUUUCCAAAUGCCUCGAGUUGAAAGAUUCCGAAGAAUUUGGAUGCACACAAUUGGCAUCGAAGUCGUCGGUGGUGAUGAUGGAUUCAUUCGCCAAUGAUAUGAUGGUCGUUGUCGAUGAAGAAGUCAAAACUACAAACGUGGACAUUUCCGAUAAACUCGACAAGAAAAUUGACAAUACGAGAUGGUUCACCAAGUCUGCCCUUGGUAAAAAAUUGUUGCUGUCCAACAAGGACUUUGACCCAGAACAGGUGGAUUGGUGCUACUCUCCAAUUGUGCAGAGUGGAGGUGACUAUGACUUGAAGCCCAGCGCCUUGUCCACCGAAAAAAGAUUUGUAGGAGAUGGGGCCAUCAUUGCCUCACUUGGCUUGCGUUAUAAAAAUUACUGUUCCAACAUCGCCAGAACGUUUUUGAUCGACCCCACCUCCGAAAUGGAAGCUAACUACGAUAUCUUGUUGCAGUUGCAGGAGCACAUUGCCAAAAACUUGUUGAAGGAUGGCACCGUUGCCCAUGACGUCUACGACCAGGCUGUUUCUUUCGUCAAGUCCAAAAAACCUGAGUUGGUAGAGCAUUUUACCAAGAACGCCGGAUGGCUCACUGGUUUGGAAUUCAGAGAUUCCACUUUGGUAUUGAACAGCAAGAAUGAUAGAAAAUUGCUCAACGGCCAAGUUGUGUCUUUGACUAUUGGAUUCAACAACUUGACCAAUGCGUCUGCUACUGAUGCAAAAUUGAAGAAGUACGCAUUGCUUCUCACUGACACAUUCAAGGUGGUAGAGGGUGAGGCCAUUCUUUUAACUAACUACCAAAAAUCCAGAAGAGAAAUCACCUUCUACUUCAAGGAUGAUGACAAGUCAAAAGUCAAGACAGAAAACGGCGACAGAAAGUUGAAGUCCGAGAAGGAUAUAACUAUCGAAAAGAAAUUGGCCAUCAACGAGGCUAACUCUAAAAUCCUUAAAUCUAAGUUGAGAAACGAGAACUCUGCCUCGAACGACGUCAAUGCUGAGAAGGUCCGUCAAGAGAUCCAGAAGAAGUUGCACGAGAAGAGACAACAGGAGGGUUUGGCCAGAUUCUCUCAAGCAGAUGCUACAGAUGCCUCUGAAAUCAAGCCCGUUUUCAAGAGAUACGAGUCCUACGUCAGAGAGUCUCAAAUCCCAAGCAACGUCAGAGACUUGAAGAUCCAUAUCGAUUACAAAAACCACACGAUCAUUUUGCCCAUCUGCGGUCGACCAGUUCCGUUCCAUAUCAACUCAUUCAAGAAUGGAUCUCAGAAUGAAGAAGGUGACUACACUUACUUGAGAUUAAACUUCAAUUCGCCAGGUGCCGGAGGUAACAACUCAAGAAGAACUGAGUUGCCAUAUGAAGAUGCACCAGAGAACCAAUUCGUCAGAUCGCUUACCUUCAGAUCUAAAGACAGACAAAGAAUGGUUGAUGUUUACAAAGCCAUUCAAGAUUUGAAGAAAGACAGUGUCAAGAGAGAGGCAGAAAAGAAGCAACUUGCUGAUGUGGUCACUCAGGGCAACUUGGUAGAAUUGAAGGGCUCUAGAGUCAAGAAAUUGGAGCAGGUGUUUGUUAGGCCAACUCCUGAAACAAAGAAGGUUGGAGGUGUUUUGCAGAUUCAUGAAAAUGGUUUAAGGUACCAAGCUUCAUUCAGAGCUGAUCAAAAGAUUGAUAUCUUGUUUUCUAACAUUAAGCAUUUGUUUUUUCAACCAUGCAAAGACGAGCUUAUUGUGAUUAUCCACUGCCACUUGAAGAGCCCCAUCAUGAUUGGAAAGAGAAAGACUCAUGAUGUCCAAUUUUAUCGUGAAGCCAGCGACAUGGCGUUUGACGAGACUGGAGGAAGAAAGAGAAGAUACAGAUAUGGAGAUGAGGAUGAAUUGCAACAAGAGCAAGAAGAGAGAAAAAGAAAGGCUCUCUUGGAUAAGGAGUUCAAAGCAUUUGCAGAGCUCAUCAGUGAUGCGUCUAAGGGUUUGUUCGAUUUGGACAUACCCUUCAGAGAGCUUGGGUUCCAAGGUGUUCCUUUCAGAUCUGCCGUGUUCUGUAUGCCCACUAGAGACUGUUUGAUUUCGCUCAUUGAUCCACCAUAUUUGGUCGUGACGUUGGAAGAGAUUGAGAUUGCCCACUUAGAGCGUGUUCAGUUCGGAUUGAAGAAUUUUGAUUUGGUGUUCGUUUUCAAGGACUUCAGCAAGUCCGUUGUUCAUAUCAACACCAUUCCAAUGGAGUUGUUGGAGGAUGUCAAGAACUGGUUGACAGAUGUAGACAUUCCAUUCAGUGAGGGACAAAUGAACUUGAACUGGGGCAGUGUGAUGAAGACUGUGCUGUCUGAUCCAUACAGUUUCUUUGCUGAUGGAGGUUGGAGCUGUUUGACUGGAGACGGAGACAGCGAAAUGGAAGAAUCUGAAGACGAAGAAUCUGAGUUUGAGGCCUCGGACGAUGAUCCUUCCGACGAGGAAGUUGCCAGUGAAGAGGAAGAUAGUGAGGCAUACUCCUCUGAUGGUUCUGACGGCAGUGGAAGUGGUGAAGAGGAAGAUAGUGAUAACGGAGAUGAUUGGGAUGAGUUGGAGAGAAAGGCCGCUAAGGAGGACAGUAGAAGAGGGCGUGACUAA